AUGUCCGACCUGCCAAAGUACGACGGAGCAAGAGGCUCGCUGGAACAUCUGGCCGCAUUUGACAUGGUAAUGAAUCUUUACGGGCAAUCGGGCCCAAUUAACGCUAAACUUUUUGUCACAACUUUGACAGGAAAGGCCCAAGAAUGGUUCAUAAAUUUACCACCCGGAAGCAUUGAGUCUCAUGAGCAACUGGUGCAGAAAUUUACCUUCUACUUCGCUAGUGAGAGGAAACAAAAACGAUCGGCAACGCAUUUAUUCACUAUAAGGCAGCAAGAUAACGAGACAUUGAAAAGUUUCAUGGGAAGAUUCAACAACGAGACACUUGAAGUGCAGGAUUUAAGAAUUGACAUGAUGGUCAGCAUCCUAAUACAUGGCUUGAAGAAAGGCGUAUUUGCAUCAGCUUUAGCAAGAGACCCCCCAUCUCACAUGGAGCAGCUUAUGAACCUGGCUCAAAAGUAUAUUAACGAAGAGUAA